AUGAAGGCCUCACCAAUUGCUCCAACGCUGAGUUCUCCAACACUCGUCCCCAACUCUUCCAAGACUUGGCGAUUCUACUUAAUCCUCUUCUCCUUGUCUUUCAUCUGUUUUGUCGCCGCUCUCGAUGGUUCCAUCAUCGCAACCGCUCUCCCGAAAAUUGCCAACGAGCUCUCGGCGACGAACAACUAUGUUUGGAUCGCAAAUUCGUUCCUUGUCGCUCAAACAGUGAUUCAGCCACUUUGCGCUCAGCUCUGCAACAUUUUUGGACGUCGUAUGCCGAUGCUCAUUUCCAUUUCUGUUUUCGCGCUCGGAAGUGGAAUAGCAGGUCGCACCGUUCAAGGGUUAGGAUCUGGGGGCAUCAUGAUGCUCGUCGAGCUGAUUAUAUGUGAUCUUGUCCCUUUGAGGGAGAGGGGGAAAUACCUUGACAUGGUUCUUUCGUCGAGCGCUGUUGCUGCAAUCCUGGGUCCGGUAGUAGGUGGAGCUCUUUCACUUGCAAAUUGGAGGUGGAUCUUCUAUCUGAAUAUUCCAAUUUCUGGGAUCACUCUUGCCGUCAUGUCAAUAUUCCUUCGCCUUCGCCACGAAAGAGAGCCUACUUGGAUGCGAGCACUCUCGAGAGUUGACUGGGUGGGAAACAUAAUCUUUGUGGCGUCUUUAUGCUCUCUUUUGAUUGGCCUUGUGUUCGGAGGGUUAGUCUAUGCUUGGUCUUCUUGGAAAGUUAUAUUGCCAAUAGUGGUUGGGGUACUAGGUUGGAUCGGAUUCCACAUAUACGAGUGGAGACCGCCGGCAUUUUGCAAAGAGGUCUCUAUACCGCCGCGAAUCUUUGCUACGCGAACUUCCGCCGCAGGCUUCUACAUCGAUUUUAUAUCUUCGGUACUUCUACAAUGGGCUCUCAAAGGAGCCUUUUCUCUUCGUGCAGGCAUCGACUUUAUUCCCUAUGAAGCAUUCCUCAUCGUGACAGCAGCCGUGGCAGGUUGGAUACUGUCAAAAUUUGGUCACUAUCGACCACUCCAUCUACUCGGAUUUUGCCUCAGUAUUCUUGGCCCUGGACUAAACAUCUCUCUGUCGAGCAGUACUCCAAAGGCUGUAUGGGUCGUUUUCCAGAUGAUUGACGCUAUUGGGCGCGCCCUACUUUUACCUACAGUCCUACCUGCGAUUAUGGCUUCUUUACCCGACUCGGAUGUAGCCGUAGCAACAGGAAUGUACUCCUUUCUACGGAGCUUUGGAUUUGUUUGGGGUAUCACCAUUCCUGGUAUCAUUUUCAACAGCCAAUUUGACCGAUACUUGAAGAAUGUCAGCGACGCCACAGUUCGUCAACAACUCGGCAGUGGACGGGCAUAUCAACUUGUCAGUAGUGAUUACAUCCGUUCUCUGGAUCCGAUCGUACAGCAAGAAGUGAUCUCUGUUUACCGGAGGGCGUUGAGACCUGUCUGGAUUGGAGCAGUGGCUUUUGGAUUUACAGGCCUUAUCACAGUAUUCGUAGAGAAGCACAUAGCCCUCCGAACAGAAUUAGAUACUGAAUAUGGAAUAGAAGGAGAAAUAAGCGGAAAAGACGAGGAGAAGCUAGCUGACAAACCUGAAGUUAGGGGCGGGGGAAAAUAGAAAUAGAG